CGCCGAUUUGAAACAGAUCAGGUGCUUAUUUUGUUUCCUUUUUCUCCUUGAUCUCGACGAAUGUCACCUGCUGUGUGAUUGUAUCACCAUUCUUGUAAUCAUGAAAAGCGCUUGUUGACCUCCUUCGCCCUUUGCCCCUUUGCUCAAUAUUUACAAAGUAUGCCCCUGCCUACUCUUUCUUCUUGACAGGAUAGUACCUUCAAAAACACCACUGGCAAUGACCCUCCCAAACCCCAUAAAUGAAAUCACCGGCUCCCUCUACCACUACGCCCCGGGGUACAAGAUCCUACUAUCAACCUUCAUCGCCGUCUCCUGGUACAAUGCUACCGAGCUCCUCAUCCUCAUCUUCUGCACCUUCCGCCGCUACCGCGGCCUCUACUUCUGGAGUCUGCUGGUCUCGUCCUGUCUAGGGGUAACCCCUUACUCGCUAGGCUUCCUAUUCAAGUUCUUCUCCACGUACAGCCCAUUCCUCGGCGUUUCGCUGCUGACGGUUGGCUGGUGGUGCAUGGUAACCGGGCAGUCGAUGGUGCUGUAUUCGCGGCUGCAUCUGGUCGUGCGGGACGAGCGGCUGCUGCGCAAAGUGCUGAUUAUGAUCUGGGUGAAUUUCGUGGUUCUGCAUAUCCCCACCACGGUGCUGACGUAUGGGUCGAAUGCGCGGAAUGUGCGGUCGGGGGAGUUUGUGCGGGGGUAUAAUAUCAUGGAGAAGAUCCAGAUGACUGGGUUCACGGUGCAGGAGUUGAUUAUCUCGGGGCUUUAUAUCUGGGAGACGAUUCGGUUGUUGAAGUUGGGGUGGGAUGAGAAUAAGCGGAGGAUUAUGCAUCGGUUGGUUGGGAUUAAUGUUGUUAUGUUGCUUCUGGAUUUGAUUCUUUUGGCGCUGGAGUAUGCGAAUCAGUAUGCGGUGCAGAUCACGCUCAAGGGUAUGUUUUAUAGUAUCAAGCUGAAGCUUGAGUUUGCUGUGCUGGGGAAAUUGGUUGAUGUUGUUUCUGGUGAGCGGCUGCCUUCGCAGUUGGUUUUUGAGGAGCCGGGGGUGCCGUUGAACCCGGUGGGCACUUCUGUUGCGUCGUCUAGUCAUCUGCUCGAUGCAAGGCCGGUUCAUACCCCGGAGUCGACGGCGCAGACGGUGCGGCAGGGUGUGUCGAGUGGGAAGAAUUUGAGCUUGGAGCGGAUUUCUACCUGGGUAGAGAGGCAGCGGCGGAAUGAUUCGUGAGCUGUAUCAUAACGAGGAUAUCAAACUUUGGCAUAUCCAAAGAGGUAUCUAUGUAAUAACACGAUAAUCAAAACAAUCCAAAAGGAAUAAGUUAUUGUUUCUCUGGGUUCUGGAGCAGGGUAUCAUCAUCCUCGGCCCAUCCGUAGUCCCCAUCGGAGUCAUCUUCGUCAUCCUCGCUGUCUGCAAUUUCAUCGACUUU